AAUGGCAGACACAAUGUUAUUUGAAAUAUCUAUAUGACUUUGAGUGUAUAAAUAAUGGUGAACUUGUUCGUCCAAAAAAAAAUAAUAAUGGUCAACUGUAUGAGGCCUAUAAAUAAGCCACAAAUAAGCUGAUAGCUGAAGGCCAAUUAACAAUGGCAGAAGCAACAAAGAGGAAUGCAGUUGUCACAGGGGCUAAUAAAGGGAUUGGAUUUGGCACAGUUAAGCAGUUGGCUUCAAAUGGGGUCACUGUGGUGUUAACUGCUAGAGAUGAGAAGAGGGGUCUUGAAGCUGUUGAUAAAUUGAAAGAGUUUGGCCUCUCUGACCUUGCGGUUUUUCAUCAGCUUGAUGUUACAGAUCCUUCUAGCAUUACUUCCUUGGCAGAUUUUGUCAAAACCCAAUUUGGGAAACUUGAUAUCUUGGUAAACAAUGCAGGAAUGAUUGGAAACCAAAUAAAUCCUGAAGAUUUUAGAUCAGCUGCAAGUGGUAAGAAGUCUGAAGAAAUCCGUUGGAGUGAAAUACCGACGACACCGAACUACAAGUUAGCAGAACAAGGCCUGAAAACAAACUACUAUGGUACCAAAAGAGUGACUGAAGCACUUUUGCCCCUACUCCAGCUAUCUGAUUCACCAAGAAUCGUUAAUGUUUCUUCCACUGUUUCUAAGCUUGAGAUUUUUCCAAAUGGAUGGGCUAAAGAGGUGCUAAGUGAUGCCGAAAGCCUUACAGAAGAGAGAAUAGAUGCAGUGUUGGCUGAGCUUUUAGAAGACUUUAAACAAGGUUCGGUAGAAAACAAAAGCUGGCCAACUAUCUUUCCACCCUAUACAGUCUCAAAAGCAGCUGUGAAUGCAUACACUAGAAUUCUGGCCAAGAAGUACCCCAACUUCUACAUCAAUUGUGUGUGCCCUGGAUUUGUCAACACAGAUAUAACCUUCAAUACUGGCACCUUAACCAUCGAAGAAGGUGCUGAAAGCCUUGUCAGGUUGGCGCUACUCCCCAAUGGCGGUCCUACUGGCCACUUCUUUUUACGCAAAGAAGCAACCCCGUUUUGAAUAUUUAUGAUGAUCACAGAGGUUUUUCAUAUGUUUCAUGAAUAAGGGUCAUCGAGAGUUCAUCUACAAUAAUGUAACAAAUGAUGUUGAGAGACUUAUGUUAGAGGUAUGUGAGUGAUCACCUUCCCUAGAGAUUCUAUAUGAUGAUUAUGCAGUAAAAGUAAUUCGUAUUUGGUGGAUUUCUUCUUUGUCCAUUAUAAUUUAUAAGUCAAUGUCAAUGCUACAAUUUGUGGUUUCUGCAGAUGAAAUCCUGGUACAAUUUUCAUUCUCCUAUAAGUUAGGAAAGUAAUGAUGAUAAACUUCGAAGUGUAUGAUUUUGUGAC